UCGGGCAGCCUUCCCCGCGACGUGUAGAUGUUACUAACCGCUACCGUGAGCAUGUGUUACGGAACCUCAGGCGACAUUUUACUAGCGUCGCUCUCUUCAGGCUGCGAGCCAAUAUCCCCCGCGAGUCGUUUGCUAGCUAACGUUAGCCCGGGCGAGCCGUUCCCGUCCUGCUCGGGUUAGCGUUAGCGUUAGCAUUAGCCCGUCUGAGAGGAGCGGCUCUUGACCCGAACCAACGGCCGGCGGUUCUCGAGCCUCCGGCUCGCGACGGACAAUGGCGACCAGCUCGCGUGGCGCGGGUGAACGCGUUUUGACGACUUUUAAACACCGCCGCGUUCUCAAGGACGAGAAAGCGAGGCGCGUUGUGCGCGCCACGUGCGGUGGAUAAGCCCGCUACGGUGACUGAUGUGCGGCACCGCGUCCGUAACGUGACCGCUGCAUUCAAAUCGAGACUAAACGCGGGUGACGCGAGUUGCUUAUAAUAACAGCAUCGUUCUUCUUCACUCAGUGUAUUUUCACGCCCCUCAUUGGACGGACACACUACGCUGACCGUUUUUGGUCAUAUGUCAAUUUGUAAUCAAUGCUUAAUGUCCCUGCUGAUUCAAUAAACCGUGGGCCGUUUUAAACCAGUGUGCUGGUGUGAGAGGAGCUUUACACCACCAUUAGUACAUGACUAUUGGUAAAAAAGAGGCCCAAAAUGCAUGUUGUGAAAUGUUGAAUCCUUUGCAGUAACUAUGUUCCCCAUUGUCCAGUCAACCUAAACUAAACUGCAGUAUUUACGUGUCUGUGGAGAAUUUAAUCCUGACCUCAUAUUUUGAAAGACCGAAUGAACGUACGCCGCGUGUUCCCUAAAAUGUCCUCGUAUGAUCCUUUUUUGAUUAUUUUUCUGAACCUUCAGAAUUAGAGAAAUUAUAUUCAGAUGUGCAUCAAGUUGUAUUUACUUUCCCCUCAUAUAUAUCAUGUAUUAUACCCAGUGACUUCCACAGUGCAAAUCAUUCAUUAUAUCCCUUUCCAUUUACACAAAUGUCAUUUUGAGAUCCUGCUACUGAAAUAAACCACAUAAUUAAACCACAUUUAAGCCUUGCUCAAAAUAUGCAGCAAGUUGUGUAGCUUUUAUUUUGGCCCUGCCUUGUUAAAGUAAUGGAUGGCUUCUGUUAACAAGCCAUAUGUAAUAUAUAAUGCUUGUUUACACACUUUAAUAUUCGUUAAGAGGUAAUGAACAGUACUGCAAAAUGACAAGUGCAGAGGAGAACUUGUAUCUGUUGGAACCAGUUGAAAUGUUCUGUGUGGAACAUCCUGUCAUCACCGUUCUUUCUCUUUAACCUCAGCCUAAUACAACAUUUAAUAUAAUAUAACGCACAAUAUUCAGUGUUGAUAUAUGUUUGCAAUCUGGGCCUCCACAUCCUCCGGGUGGAUGAAUACCGCAGGUUUUCUACACCGCUGAGGAUAACGGCUCCGUUAUGUUUUCAGUACUUUACUGUUCUUAACUCACAUGAUGCAAGACCAGCGGCUCAGUUGGAGCUGUUUUUUCCAAAACCACGUCCACAGGCUGAGCAGUAGUCAACAUGACUUGUACACUGACCUUUUGUGUGAUAUUGGUGCAAUUCCUCUUCGAGUUGAGCUGCAUUACGGAACGCUGUUUACAACACACCAGUAAGGCUCUAUGAUUGCAGCUGACAGCUUGAAAUCACGGCUAAAGGAGCAAUCGGCACACGUAAUAAAGCAGCAAACAGCUAUUAAGCUACGUGAAAAUAUAGAGUGGAGUCCCGUCUACCUGACCAGAGAAUGAAGUCAGUGUCUCUGUGUGUUGUUUUCCGAGCUCGUUGCACUGUUGACGCAUGCGGGUCGGUCACGCGUGUGCCGCACUCAAAGGCAGUGGCAGCCGAUAAGUUAACGUUGUCCCCAAAGGCCGCGUCCUCAAGAAGCCCCCGUUAGCCCCCCCCAGCACGCCACCGCAGCUCGUGAGAGAUUCAAUGUGAGAGAAGAGUCAAUCCUAAUGUUCCCAAAACUUAAACCCCUUUGCCAUUAAAACUCUCACAAUGCUGAGCCUGUAAGGGACGUUUUGCCUUUUAAUCGAGUUAACGGCCCCCAAAAGUGCACUUACUGUUCGUUAUUGAGUUUUAUAAAAGGAAAAUCGAGGCUCAGCGAACCGUUAAAGAGGGGAACUCGGGAUAUUUUUAUCCGUGAAUUACAAUGCAACCGACUUUGUCUUACAUGUAUAAAAUAUGCUCGCUGUCUUAGAUAUUGGUGGGUUUUGACUAAAGAUUUAAAGUGGUCCUUCAAUAUGCGGAUAGGAAACCCACCACGGUUCUGAUUCCACAUUGUUUUGCUACUUAUUUGUCGGUGUGCUGUGAUACGGAGAAAGCAGACGCACCGAACGCGGGAUUACACCCGUUUGUCUGGACGUGGGAAUUGUGCUGGGACUUUCUGUUGUUUUGCUUCCACUGAGGACAACGUGAUCGUAGGAAGGCGUUCUCAUCGUGACCCGUGCUGAUGCUAGAAAGAAGUCUCAGGGCUCCAUUUCUUUAGAUUUUCAAUAACUGUUCUUUGUUGUCUUUGCGUACAUGUUAUUGGCUGAUUCCGUGCCGGUGUCGGCAGGAGCUUACAGGAUGUUCAAAGUCAGUCCGUGAUUUGGGACCCACUUUCAAGUUCCCCUUUAAAAGCCCAAAUCAUUAAAAUACCAUGACACUGUCCCUGUUUCCAUCUGCAUGUUUCUUAUAAGAACUGCCUAAACAUUGAUCUUUCUUUUUUUUUUUUGUUCUCACCAUGAUUACAAUCUGCUUCACACGCAACACCAUUCCCACACCCCUGCUGUUUCUAUGACAUGACACAUGCAUCUUUGAGUCAUGCUAGCUGACAUAUUUCUUUCCACGUGAAGCAUCGGUUCAGUCCAGACCAGCACUCACAGUUUUAAUACACUUUUGGUAUCUUUGACUUCAAGUUGCUGAUAUUACAUCAGGGUAAAAACCCCAUAGCGGGUUGACUAAGCUCACCACAGUACACUUACACACACUGUGUAGCUGGUCAGGUGCUCCCUGUCUGCUCAAACAUGCAGACACACACACAUUCCCAGCCUGCGCCUCCCCUCCUCCCUCUCCAAACUAGUCACUUGACUCAAAAGCCUCAAAGACAUUCAACCUGUUACUUAAGUCAGCGCCGGUGCUCCUGUUGUCUUUGCUGCAGGCUUACUUGUGGCCGACGAGUGCACGGUUCAGAAGAGUUGGAACCCCCUCCCCCCCUCCCCUCCUGCCCCCCGACCCCUCACACAGUAGCGCCUGGACUGGGGGGCCACGCAGGCGGAGACGUCUUAACGGGGACCAGAAGCAAGGGGACCAUGCGAGUCCACGUGCACACCAAGUUUUGUUUCCUGUGCGUGCUCACCUUCCUCUUCCAUCAGUGCAACCGCUGCCAUGGAGACGGGCACAACCACAUGCACGGCGGACAUCCCCAUGCCGACAACACCCACAGCGACCUGCAGAUCUCCGAGGCCCCGUACGUGAGGGCGGCCCCUCCUCACGGGGAGUCUCUAGAGGAGGAGCAGCGCUUCUACAUCCAGGAGCUGUUCAGCCGCUACGGCCAGAAGGACCGGCUGGACUUCCAGGGCUUCCAGAGCCUGCUGUUCAGCCUGGGCCUGGGCGAAGUCAAGGUGGUCGACGUGGACCACGAGGAGCUGGGCCACGACCACGUGGCCCACCUCGACCUGGUGGACGUGCAGGAGGGGCUUCACUCGCACUCGUCCGCCAACGAGGAGGUCGGCCAGGGUCACCGGCACGGCCAUCCGCACCACAAGGCCGGCGCCCACCAGCCGCACGCCACCGUCCGUUCCCAGCACACCACCGCUGCCAGUCCCGGCGGCGGAGCGCAGAAGGGCCACGACCACGUCGAUCACGACCACGUCGAUCACGACCACGACCACGUCGAUCAUGACCACGCCCACGUCGAUCACGACCACGUCGAUCAUGACCACGCCCACGUCGAUCACGACCACGCAGACCACGCCCAUGACCGCGCAGACCACGCCGAUCACGACCACGCCCAUGACCACGGCGAUCAUGACCACGCCCACGUCGAUCACGACCACGCAGACCACGCCCAUGACCACGGCGAUCAUGACGACCACGCCCACAAUGACCACACCCCCGGGGUGCUACCGGUCACAGAAGUUCCUCCCUCUCCGCAGUUGAAGCCGUCCCGAGUCCCCCCGGCGCAGCGGUCCUCCCCCGCCACCACAGAAAGUCGGCCCAAGAAGACGAGAAACCCGUCCCGGACCCGAGGACAGCGAGGGCAGAACGGAACGCCGUCUGUUCCGCUACCACAGUCCAAGGAUGAGGACCAGCAUCCCGGUCACGACCACGACCACGGUCACGACCACGGUCACGGGCAUUCUCACAAAAAGAGAGAAGCCCCCGGAGGGCGCGACACCCCCCCGACUUUGCCAGUGCCCGUCCCGUCCGGCCACCUGGAAGGAAUGCCUCAUCAGCACAAGGAGUGUUUGAACCUGACUCAGCUCCUCACGUACUACGGCCUCAACCCCGACUCGCUCAUCUCCCCCAGCCAGUUCACCUACCUGUGUCCCGCCCUGCUCUACCAGAUAGACAGCCGCGUCUGCAUCCGCCAUUUCCACCAGAUGGCUGAGCAGCAGAAAGUCUUUGCGCCCGGGUGGGUGUGGCUGUGGGGGUUCGUGUCCAUCACCAUCAUCAGCCUGCUGUCUCUGCUGGGCGUGGUGCUCGUGCCCAUCCUCAAACAGUCCUGCUUCAAGUUCCUGCUCACCUUCCUGGUGGCGCUGGCGGUGGGCACGCUCAGCGGCGACGCCCUCCUGCACCUGCUGCCCCACUCUCAAGGGCCGCACAACCACGGCGAGCGCGGGACGGGGAAGGAGGUCGAUAUGGUGGAGGACUUUGACGGGGUUUGGAAGGGCCUGACGGCGCUGGCCGGCAUCUACCUCCUCUUCAUCAUCGAGCACUGCAUCGGCAUGUUCAAGCACUACAAGGACCACCGGGGCAUGAAGAAGGCGAACGAGGGGGGCAAGAUCGGCAGGAAGCUGUCCGAUCACAAGUUGAACCGGCGCUCGGACGCGGAGUGGCUGCACCUGAAGCCCCUCGGGGGAGACCCCGACAGCAGCGCCGUGUCCUGCGACAACGGUCACAACGACACGCAGCUCUCGGAGCUUCGGCCGCCCGACUCUCCCACCCACAAGACGCCGCUGGCGCCGGCGAACGUCCUCCAAGAGCACCAGUCGCCCGGCAAGGAGAACGGAGGCAAGGCCAAGCACCGCGGGGGGCACUCGCACGGCCACGGCCACUCCCACGGGGGGAACUGCCACUCCGACCAGGAGAUGAAGGACGCCGGCAUAGCCAGCAUCGCCUGGAUGGUCAUCAUGGGCGACGGCAUGCAUAACUUCAGCGACGGCCUGGCUAUAGGCGCGGCAUUCAGUGCAAACCUGACGGGGGGCAUCAGUACAUCUGUGGCUGUUUUCUGCCACGAAUUACCUCACGAACUCGGUGACUUUGCGGUGCUGCUGAAAGCCGGGAUGUCGGUGAAGCAGGCCAUCUUCUACAACCUGCUGUCCGCCCUCAUGGCCUACGUUGGCAUGGUGAUUGGCACCGCCGUGGGCCAGUACACGCACAACGUCACCAACUGGAUCUUCGCCAUCACGGCCGGCAUGUUCCUGUACGUGGCGCUGGUGGAUAUGCUGCCAGAAAUGCUCCACGGGGACAGUGAGGACCACAAGCGUUGCCAGCUGGGACACUUUGUCCUGCAGAACCUGGGCAUGCUGACCGGGUUCGCCAUCAUGCUGCUCAUCGCCAUCUUUGAGGACCGCAUCGUUUUCAAUUUUAACUUUUAGUCGAGGGCGGAGGGUGCGGGGUGGAAGGGAGGGAGAGCCCGACGCCGAUCGGCUCUGGUCCUCCUUGGCCUUAACGUACUUCCAUGGAAACACAGCGGCCCGGUCUCGCAUGCGGUGAGGGUCUCCUCCAUUCCAAAACAUGCGGCGGUAAGCUGGCGCAUAUCUCAUGACUCUGCCCCUCCCCCACACGUCCAACGCCGGCGCCGGCCCGGAAAAGGAGAGCGAGGCCGCAUGCGGAUACGCCGCCUCUGCCACUAAGAUCCAUCUAAGAAAAAAAGAAGAAGAAAACAGGAAGGUGGCGUUCCUGUCACGACCCGGCAGCUCGCCGCCUAUGCAUCAUCAUCAUCAUCAUCAUCAUCACCACCGCCUGUUGUACGCUGUGUCGUCGUCGCCCCCCCUCACCUCCCUCUUGUCGUAUCCAUCCUGUGUCCCGCCACGGCGCGGUUCUCUGUGGCGAGGCCCGGCCACCGCCGCUGCGUCCCGGAUCAACCGCUUAGACUCACAUUGAAAAUGUAGCGACGGUGUUCCCCUGGCCUUUCAUUGUAGAACAUUUAAAAGGCUCAGUGAUUUUCUUUUCUUGCUUUAAUUUCUCUCCAUCUACGCCUUUUUAGAGUUUUAUUGUCUAACUGGAUGUAGCUCCUCGUGAUAGUUAACACACCUGCUGAAGCCGUUGCUAGUUAGCAUUUAAACACUUUCCAUGUUUUGGUUUAAGUAACUAGACUUCGAAGUGUCCGACCAAUUUUAGUUUAAGGGUUUGACAAUCUGUCGCCGUUGUACCUUUUUUCUUUAUAAGAAUCAGCAGCUUCAAAAUGUGAAUUCAGACAAACUGUUGUAGUUUGCGAGCUUUAUUUCAGGUGUGUCUGAGGUGCGUAUUCCAAUCAGAGCACCGCGGACAUUUCCUCCCGUAAGGCGGACUAGUCGUCGCACUAAUUCAGACUCCUUUUUUUUACGGCGAACUGUAAAUACUUGAUCACUACACCUUCAGUAGUCGGGCAGCAAAAAUCGCUGUUUUGCCGCCGCUUAAAAAUCGAUUUGAAAGUACUGUCAAUAAAUGAACUUCCUGACAAUCGCGAGAGGGGUGAAACGGCGCCCGCUUCUCUCGUUUCACAUGGGAACCGUUUACUGAGCACGGGAGUUAUUAAGCCGGAGGACGUUAUAAGAGGGACCGCCCCCCUCACAUCGCUCUCCCCCCCCCCCCUUACAUUCCAUUGGCUGUCCUUAAGCGAGCUAACCUGGCCUCAGCUGCUAGAGCAUGACGUAAAUGUGGCUUCAUCUAUCCUGUCACUGUGUGACGUCCAUCAUCUUAAGUCUCAACUGGCGUUAAACCGUCGGCGGUCACACGGAAGUCUCGUCGUGAAGAAACGGUACAGACGUUGUGUUGAGUGUACGCUUGAUUUGGUUCUUUGUCGACCCAUCAGAAGCCUUUGUUACUUCUUAAGUAGAGUCGCGUGAAGAUGCCGAGAUGUUUGGGGCGUAGUGCGACCGCUGGUAGUAGUAGUGUUGAUGCAGAAGAGGGAGCGCACAACUUUUCUGCUUCACUGAUUUUUUGACCAGCAUUUUAUUAUUUAAUCUGAAUGAACUUCCAUCUGUUCCGACACCAAGCAAAGUUCAUAAUUGGAAACAUGAUUAUUUGAUAUAGAUAUAUUUAAGAGAUAUUCCCUUUUCCGAUUCUGAUUGCUUCUUUAUUUCCUGUGAAUCUAAAAUCCAAACUGUACUAACGAGUUUACGGUUAGCUGGUGACACUACGCCCCCAAAGCGUGUUUAUUGGGUAAAACAAUGCCUGUAAAAUGAAGGUUAAUGAUAGUUUUCAUUUUAUCUUUUUUGUAUGUUUAUUUAGUAUUCUGGAUAUAAAAUGCUGUGUUACAUUCUCGCUGUCUGUGCAUUCGCCCCAUCACGGAAGGAAAUAAACUGAUGAAUAGAUA